AUGCGUGACAAUAUUAUGUCGCGUACGUUCUGCGAGAUCGCCACCGAAGCGCUGGGCAGAAGUGCGACUGCAGUCGACACCAACCAAGCGAUGUUCAGACGAUGCCGGAUAGGUUUGUUGGAGCCCGUCUGCGAUCAGUUCGUGAAGGAAUACGCCAAGCGAAUUUUCGCUCUGGCCCGAGUUGGGGUUCCUGCUUCUGCAAUUUGCGAGGAACUCCAUCUCGAAAGAAUGCUCGGGCUGUUGGUGUAUGGUGUUCUCUAUCAUAUCACUUUCGCACUAAUGCCUCCUGUGUCGAAACCACUGGCACCGGAGGACUCUGACUUGCUUAAGACACGACAUUCACCUGGUCCCGCGAGGAUCGUGAAGGUUCGAACUUAUGGCUUGCUGCAGAACGAAGUGGAAGACGUUCCGACAGGUGAUAUUGGUAAAUCAACAGCAGACGAUUACAUCGAUUUCUCAAAUAAGCCGCUUAGAAAUGGAGGAGCAAAUCGUAAUCUCAAGCCGGUCACCUACAAACCAAUACCGAAGAAAUACGAGAUUCCGUCUCCGGAACCGGAAACCGACCCCAUCGAGGUGAGAACUCCACAGCGAGGAUCGUUAACUCUUUCACAUCCACAACAGUAUGUCGUUCAGCAGCCGCAACUGCGUAAAGGCUACUACUAUCAGCACUACCCAUAUUACCGCCUUCCGCGGCAGUACAUGCUACGGCCCCAAUACGGGUACAUCUAUCCACCGCAGUAUCAGAACGUUGCUUACACUUACUAUCAUCCUCUACGUUACAGAGCAUGUGACGGCUAUGAGACAGAGAACGAAGAUGAAUCGUUCGAAGAGGAGAGCACACGUGAAGACGAGGACGAAGAGGAGCCAACUGGUAGAGAGCAGCCCACUAGACAGGAACAACAAAAAAUCAAAAGCAUCCACUACUACAGCGACAAUCAUCUGAUGGUCAGAUCACCUUAG